ACAAACACACACACAAGCAUACUCAUAACACAGAAGCUGAAGCACACGUAAAUUACAAAUUUUAUUUUGAAACAAAUGAAAACUACGGUCGAAAUCAAGUGAACGGAAUGCGGCAUUCGUAAAGUUCGUGAUAAAAUCCAACAAAAUAAACAACAGCAAUGUGCUAGCAUUAAUGUGCGUGAGUUUGUGCAAUUUUGCAAAGGCUUGGUUUUGGCCUCUUUGGUUUUCGGCCCAAAACAAGUAAUUCGCAAAAAAAAAAACAUAGUCGCAACGAAACUGCAAUGCGCUGCUUUUGAGUGAAAGAGAGAGAGAGAGAAAGAAGGAAAGAUUGGAGGUAUUGUGUAAAGUGUUAAUUAAAGAAAAAAAUACCCCAACUAAUAAAAAGCUCCUAUACCCUGCAAAUUCACAUUGUUCUAACUGCAUUUUAAAUGCAUAAGGCAAACAAAAAUAUUCAUUGAUACACAAAAGACCGCGUGUUUGUCGCGUAGCGCCCAGCCGAAGCAAUAGCAGCAUCAAAUAAAUACCAGGGCUAGGCAUGCACAACAAUGCUCUCGAAGACUGUCGAUAUAUUAUCGACUGUGUGAGUUAUCGCGCAAGGACCGCUCACUGAAAAACUCUUUUUGCUAAGUGGGUGGAUAUGUGGUGGUGUUGCAUGGUGUGAAAAAAGUGCGUGCGAAAUUUGUUUAUACUCGGAAAUUAAUGUUAGCGGAACAUAAGUUGAGACUAUUUCGUGUUUUUGUGUAACUCUCUCGCAUAAACAAUGAACGUCGCCUGUAAACAAAUGAGCCGCCGACAGGACAUCAUUGCUGUUGUUGCCGUAUGGCGCUAUAGACAGUGCUAGCUAGUUGUGUUGUCCCCCAUUUAUAGCUGUGAAUAUGUGUUAGUUGCAGCGGCAGCAGCAGUGUUGCAGUCUGAAUCCUUGCUGAGAGGCAAUUGUCCUGUGCCAUCAACCGGUUUUCGCAUUUAUCGCCUCGUUCUGCUUUCGUGUCUCCUCCGCCCUGGUUUUUAACACAUAUGUAUGUAGGAACUGUAGGAUAUAUAGGUAUUAGUAUUAGCUGCGAAGUCUAGGAUAUUUUGAGAAUUAUGUCAAAUAACAAUCAUCCGCACGCUCACUUGAGUCAAGCGGCGGCCCAAAAUCCCUCAUGGAAUCCGCUGCAACUGGAUCAUCAUCAUCAAAUGAAUCCUUUGCUGGCGCCGCCAUACAGUGGAACAUUGCCUUUUGACUCAAUGGAUUUGUCGCUGCAGUCGAGUCGCAGCGCUGCCCCAACGCUCAAAGCUGGUCAGCAGCAGCAGCAACAAUCCCAGCAGCAACAACAACAAUCACAUCUUCAUGCACCUCCCAGUUACCCAACGAUUCACAAUCUGACCACAAAUACGCCCGCAGGAGCCCAGCCAGGACAUCUGGGCGAAGGACACCUGCCCGCCUCGGCGUCGCCUGCCAGCGCAGCCAGCAAAUAUUUGAAUGCCAACGGCGCUGGCAGUGCAGCAGAUUGCGAGAGUCUUUUGCCACCGCCACCAAAUACCCCGCCCAACAACAAUAACAGCAACCACAGCAGCAAUAAUAACAACAACAGUAGCAGUAGCAACAACAACAGCGGCAGCAGCACCAACAAUAGCAGCAGCAGUAAUAGUGGCGGCAACAACAAUGUACCACCGCCGCAUUACAUGCAGAAUCGUGAUGAGAACUUCAAGCUGACGCAGCUGAAGAAUAUGCAGAAGAACAGCGAACUGACUGGCAAAGAUUGCGGCUAUGUGAGUGGUGGCGCCUCCGGCAAACUGGGCACGCACAGCUUGCAACAGCAGCAGCAUAUAGCCAAAAAGCCCUCGCCACUGCGCAACUAUCAACAACAACAGCCAUACAACAUGACGCCCCCGCCGCCCGCCAAUAUGAAAUACAACGGGCCGCAGACGCCGCCAACGCCACAGUCGCCUUUGGACUAUAAUCAGCUGCAUCUGCAUCAUCAGCUACAUGCGAAUGUGGCCAGCUAUGCGCCACAUCAAACGCAACAGUCACAACACAAUAUGCAGCAGCCCGAACAGCAACAGCAGCAGCAACAUUUACAUUAUGCACCACCAACAACUCAUCAUAAUCAGCAUUUAGCACCACCGCCGCCGCCGCCAAGUCAUCACCAGUUUCAGCCACAAGCGCAAUCACAAGCACAGCAGCAACCACAGUCGCUGCACCAACAGCUGACGCCGCAACACACGCCACAAAUGCAUUCCCGCAGCACGCCAUUGACGCAAUUGAAUCUCGACAUGUCCAAGCACAAGCCAAAUGCCGAUGAGACGCAGGAUGAGGCGCAAACGAUCAUCACGGAUCUGUCCACAACUGCAACAUAUCGUGGCAACAACAAUGCACCGCCAGCAACAUCAACUGAUGACAAACAACAACAGCUAGUUGAGGCACCUGAAUCACCCUACAUGACCACGUCGAAUGAGGAGUCGCUGGAGUCUAACAGUAACAGCAGCAAUAGUCGUAAGAGACGCAAACGUAAAGCGAGUCAAGUGAUGCGUCUAACACCCAGCGAGAAUGUGAAAAGGCAACGCACACCGAGUCCAACGCACAGCAACAGUUGCAGUCCCAAGCGAUCACCAGCCAAGAGUGGCAGCGAUGCCAACGAAUUUCAGCCAUUUGGGAUGGCCACGAAUAAAGAACAAAAGUUACACGACCUACCUCAGGAGAAUGGACGUGGCGUAUCGCCGCCAGUUGUUGCGGCAGCUGAGAAUAGCAAUAGUUCAUCGAUGUACAACGACGCGGACAAUCCGAAGACCAAGAAGCAGCGACAGGCGCUGCUGCAGCGCAAUCUUACAGAGCAACAACAACAACAGCAUCAGCAACGACGUCUGUCGCCAAAUGGUGAACAGUUGUCGGCACACGAAACGCUGCCAGCGAGCACAGUUGCCAUCAAGGAGCCUAGCAAUGACAGCAAAAUGCCACCGCCCAGUCCACAGAGCAAUAGUUCGAGCAGCAGCUCGAGCAGUUCCAGUGCUGGCACACAUAGCAGCCACAGCAGUCAAACGAGUGAAGCGCAGCCGUCUAAGAGACACGAUACGGAGCCGCAGCAGGAUAACAACAAGGUGAUUACCGACACCCCAGCCUCGCCGGCGCUUGUGGAGCAGGGCAACAUCGACGCACGGCCUGCGGUGAGCGUUCACGAUGACGAGGACGAAGUGCAAUCGCCAGCAGGAGCAAAGCAAUCGCCGCCAACAACAACUGUAGCUGCAGCGGUAACACCAAAUGUGACUGCCAAUGCGGAUCCCAGCCACUUUAACGAGGUGGAGGAUAAGCUGGAGGAAAUGUUUGCAGGCAUCGAAGAUGAGGAGCCGGCAAGUGAAACGCCAAGUGUGCAGGCAACAGCAGUCGCAACGCAUCAUGACUUAAGCGCACAGUUAGCACAGACCAAAGCGUUAGCAGAAGAUAAACCAGUUGUCAGCACACCACCAACUGUUGCCACAACCACACCCACAGCAACUCCCACGCCUACGCCUGAGUUGCGGCCGAUGGCAACGAAAGCGGCCAUGAAAUCCACACUGCCCAGUCCCAUACACAGUCCAGCGGCACUAGCUGAAGUCAAGCAAGCCAAGGAGCCAUCACUCUCGCCACAGCCAAGUGCAAACAACAUUGUUGCUCGUGCACCGCCAACGCGUAGCUUGCCGCCACGUCGUCUGUCGAUGGGCAUGGAUCCAUCUCUCUUACGCUUUACGUUCGAAGAGCAGGCUAAGCCUAAAAAGACGCCGGGACGCAAGAAACAGCAGCCACCGCAAGCAGAAAUGGAGACAGUGCAGCUGGACAGCGAUGAUGACAAGCCCAGCACUUCAGCAGCAGCUGCUGCAGCGUUGGCAGCACGCAAACUAAGCGAGGCGACAGCGGCAGCCAAGGCAGUAAACACCAAGGCGAACAACAACAGCAAUGCCAAGAAGAAAAAGAAGACAACGGCUGCCAAGAGCAAAAAACCAACGGGGAAGAACGCAGGCAAGCCGAAUGGCAAGAAGGGCGCCGGUGGACGCAAACCUUUCAGCACGGAUGAGGAUAGCACACCGGCGCCGAAUCGCGAGAGCAGCAAUGGUGGUGGAGCUACAGCGGCAGAUCUCAGGUUCAAAUCGCCGUUCAUACUCAUCAAACCCGAUGGCACCAUCAGCAUUAAGAACACACACAAUGCCGAGGAUGUAAAUGAGAAACAGACAAAAAAGAAGCAAACAAAGGCGCCGCACGAGCGCAAGAAUUUGCGAGGAAUGCACAGUUCCACCCUGAGCAAUCGCUACGAUGCGGACACCACUGACUCCAGUUGGAUUUGUGUGUUUUGCAAGCGUGGGCCACACAAGCUUGGAUUGGGCGAUCUUUUUGGCCCAUAUCUAGUGUCCAUUGACUGCGACGAGUAUCGCUGUGCACUGCAGAUGCCAGCAGGCACACAAGAUGUUGAUGGAUUGUUUGUAAGUAAACGCAAGCGCACGGAUAUGGUCAAAAUGCAGGAGCGCAAUCUGCCCGUGGUACCUGCAACGCUGGCCAAUAUUAUGCAGGCGCCCAAGAUCACCAUGCACAAGCGUAAGCGCAAGCAAACCCAUGAGAGUGCGCAUUCCUACAGCGACGAUCAAAAUGAAUCUCAGUGCUCGUCACAGGAUCCACUCGACUGCAGUCACGAGGCCAAAUUCGUUGAGACAUUUCGCGGCAUGUCGAAAACCUCAGAGCACGGCUACGAGAUUUGGUUGCACGAGGAUUGUGCUGUGUGGGCAAAUGACAUUCAAUUGAUUGGUGCCCAUAUCAAUGGCCUGGAUGCAGCAGUUUGGGAUAGCACAAGGUAUCAGUGUGUGCAUUGUGCACAGCCCGGAGCAAGUGUUUGUUGCUUUGAACGCGCCUGCAAGGCACCAGCUCAUGUACCUUGCGCCCGUUCUGCCAACUGGAGUCUCAGCGAAGAAAAUCGCAAAGUGUUCUGUGAGCUGCACACGCCGGACAAAGCUGGAGCGGCAACAACAGCACCAGGGAAAACGCUUGGAGCGACGCCAGUGCCGCUGGCGAUGCCACAAAUGGAAGCUGCAGUGCCAGCGCCUGCAAUAUUCAACAUUAAUUCGCUUCCCUGAGUGCGCGUGCGCGUGCAGAAAUGUCGUCUGGUCAUGAAGCGCUGAGCGCACGAAAAGCUCGUCAUAAAAAAGAAUCCACUCCACAAAAAACAAGGAAUCGAAUCCUUAACCCAGGUGUUCACAGUUUCUCUGUACAUAUAUAGAACUAUGAUGUUAGAUGGAUGGAUGUGUGUGCAAGCAUGUAAAAACUAAAACGAGACUUAUUCAACAAUUGCAAAGGGGAUCAGGAACGUUUCUGACCCUGAUGCUCAUCCUGAUCCCGAUCCUGAUUGCUUUGUGUAAUCCUCUUUUUAAUCUUAUGUAAAAAGUGCUGUACAUUUUGUGUAGACUUCGAUGCAAGUUUACAAAUUAUUGUUUAAAUUAUUUUACAAAUUAUAUAUAGACAUUUAUAUAUUCAUAGAAAUAUAUAUAUAUUUUUUCUAGUUAGUAUUUACUUUACUAUAGUACCUUUUUAGUUAUAAUUAUUAUGUUUAUAUCUGCCUGGUUUACUGUCUUCGAUUGCACUUGCUGCUUGCAUCACAGAGGUCAUUAUUUAAUGCAUUAAUUAUUAUCUUUUGUGUAUUUUUAAUAAUUUCAUGCAUAUGCCAAUUGAUAAUUUAGUUGAAUUUUGUAUGUACAAACAAAUACUCCAUGCCAUAACGUUAAAUUACACUACUAAUAAUGAGAAUGAUAUAUGCAUUGUGCACAGCAUUAAAUAAGUUAAGCAUUGUAACCAUAAAUAGAAAAUGUUUGACACCAAUUAAACACAAAAAAAAGAAAAUAAAAGCAAGAACGAACAUUCGAAAAUUAUUCAAAAUGGAUUAUUGUAAAACAAUAUGCAUAUAUAAAAUGAUAUGAAAGGUAAUUAAAAAGUAUAUUUAUAAUUAAAUAAUGAUAAUUACGUUAGCGACAUGUAAAAGGAUCAAGGAUAAAACACUGUAUUGUAUUUGUAUUCAAUAUAUCAUUUUAAGGUCAAAUUCGAAAUACACAUAAACAUUAAACAAUAAAUCUUAAUCUCACAUUGAAAAA